AUGGAUUUCACAUUCCAUUCGGAUCACUUCGACAGAGUGCAGCUUUCAGACCAAGAAGACUCCAAACCUGAUCUCCCGUCGCAAGCACAAGCGCUAUCUCAGGGUACUGGCAAUGCCACGAUGAAUCAAUUCAGCGUCCCUGACUGGGCGAGAUGGAGAUCACAGCCAGCUCCCAUCCCUCCUCGAUAUUAUCAAGGUUCGAGCUAUUCCCGUGUUGCUGAUGGCGAGCCAUACGGCUUAGGCCCGUUGUCUCAAGACCUCAUCGGGGAUCCAAAUGGAUAUCUCAAUUCAUACCGCUCGCAUGCUACCCCCACCUUGACUGGUACACCGUCGGGGUUAUUCUUCCCUCAGGCUGGAGAGAGCCACUCAGAUUGGCCACGCCUGCGACCUCCUCAUGUCUUCAGAGACCAGCCAUACAACUACCCUCAGUUGGAAGCUCAACCCUUUCAAGACUCCCCACUGUCGCCGUAUUCCGAUGCCUCCUAUCAUUCCCCGCAGUCGCUCGCUGCUUCGAGUCCGGCAAUGACAGCUCAGACAGCAGACCGUCUCUCACCACGUUCAAGCUCUGGUGACAAUAGAGAAGAGCGUCCUGGCCACCCUCCGUAUUCUGUUCUCAUCUACCAGGCCUUGAAGGAUGCCCCGGGAAACAAGCUUCCACUCCAAAGCAUUUACUCUUGGUUUGAAGCGAACACGGACAAGGGUGGAGACCCCAACGCGAAGGGAUGGCAGAACAGUAUUCGCCAUAAUCUCUCGAUGAACGCGGGAUUUGAAGCCGUGAAGGAAGAAGUUGGACCUGGUAAGAAAGCCGUGAACUUCUGGAGACUGACGCCGGAAGCGAUCAACAGCGGUGGCAUCCAAUCGACUACCCGAUACCGCAAGCUCCAACACCAAAAGAAAGGUGUGAGCUCAAGCCAACGUGGGCCCGCACGUCAGCCAUCGGAGUCGAAGGGAGUCCACACCACGAAGGUGGUCAAGUCACGCAACAAAGCCAGCGCCCAUGGCGAGCGCGCUGAGGCACAUCCUCAGGAAAUGACCAGCACAAAUCCUAGUCUGGGGAGUGAAUAUGGUCCCACGAGCCUUCCAGCGAUGCAAAGAUACAUGCAUCACCCUAUGGGUCCUGUUGUCGGAUGCACCCCCAUGACACCUGGCAACGAUGCGCUUUUUGUUGAUACCGAGGAGGCAGGGCCGGCAUUUGACGCGGGGCAUAACUAUGACUGGUAG